AUGGAUUCUCCACAGAAGGUGGCUGCAAUCAACAUCAACCACAAAAAAGAGCUGGAGAGGAGCUCUCCGGCACCGCAAGGGACAGGCGGCGAGGAGGAGGAGGAGAAGAGGGAGUCGGUUUCAGCUGAGGGGAAAAGGCGGGAAAGCGAGCGGAGAGACCAGCAAAGAGUGCGAGGCGAAAGCGUCGCCGCCUCCGCCAUGCACUUCGGAGACAGUCCCGGCGGCUCGCCCUGGUCAGCGCCGCCGUCCGCUUGGAACGGGAGCCAGGGCUGGCUGAAAGAAGCCGGGUUAUCCGGCGGCGGGGGCAGCGCGGAGCCGCCGUGGUCCGACGGCCGCGCCAACAGGAGCAGCGACCGCUACGGGCGGAACGAAGAGCUGGCCAAGCUGGAGAUCGCGGUGCUGGCCUUGACGUUCGCCUUGGCUGUGCUGGGCAACUCGUUCGUGCUGUUGGCGCUGCACCGCACGCCGCGCAAGAAGGCGUCCCGCAUGCACCUCUUCAUCCGCCACCUGAGCCUGGCCGACCUGGCCGUGGCUUUCUUCCAGAUCCUGCCGCAGCUCUGCUGGGAGGUGACGCACCGCUUCUACGGUCCCGACGGGCUGUGCCGCGUGGUGAAGCACCUGCAGGUCUUCGGCAUGUUCGCCUCGGCGUACAUGCUGGUGGUGAUGACGGCCGACCGCUACAUCGCCGUGUGCCACCCGCUCAAGACGCUGCAGCAGCCCUCGAGGCGCUCGCACUGCAUGAUCGCGACCGCCUGGGCGCUCAGCCUCGUGCUCAGCGUUCCGCAGUACUUCAUCUUUUCGCUCAGCGAGGUGGAGAGCGGCUCGGAGGUCUAUGACUGCUGGGCGCACUUCAUCAUGCCCUGGGGCCCCCCCGCCUACAUCACCUGGAUCACCGGUAGCAUCUUCGUGGCGCCCGUCCUCAUCCUGGCCACGUGCUACGGCUUCAUCUGCUACCACAUCUGGAGCAACGUCAGGGACAAGAUGAGGCGGCAGCGGCGGCAACGGGCACCGCCACGAGGGGGCGCCCUCCGCAAGGGACUGCUCCUCACGCCCUGUGUCAGUAGCGUCAAGAACAUCUCCCGCGCCAAGAUGCGCACUGUCAAGAUGACUUUAGUGAUCGUCUCUGCUUACAUCGUUUGCUGGGCGCCCUACUUCACUGUCCAGAUGCGAUCUGUAUGGGAGGCGCACUCCCCUUGGCUUGAGUCUGAGAACAUUUUAAUUACAGUCACUGCCCUUUUGGCCUGCUUGAACAGUUGUUGCAAUCCAUGGAUCUACAUGUUCUUUAGUGGGCACCUUCUGCAAGACUUCAUGCAGAGCUUCCUGUGCUGUCGAAAAAUGGAACAAAGGCUGAAUAAGGAAGAUUCCGAGAGCAUUAGCAGGCGACAGACUUCUUACACUACUAACAGAAGUCCAACAAACAGUUUGGACACAUGGAGAGAAUCACCAAAUUUGUCGCAAUCUAUUACAUUCAUCCCCAUUUCUUCCUGA